AUGGACCCGCGGUUCGACACCUCCAGGGACCCGCGCUUCCGGCGAGCACCUCGACAUGUCCGCAGAGUGGAGGUGGACAAGAGGUUCGCGCACAUGUUCGAGGACAAGCGGUUCGUCGAGACGCCCACCGUCGACGCCCGCGGCCGCCGCCUCCGGCGCGACACUGGCCGGCUGAAGCUGAAGGAGUUCUACCAGCUGGCGGACGGGGACGCCGCUGGCGGGGCCGCCGUGGGCCUGGGGGCGGCCACGCCGCCCGAGCCGUCCCGCGCGGCCGCGCCGCCCGCGCGCAGGACGCGUGCCGCGAAAGCCGGGGCAAAGAGGAGAGCAGCGGCUGCAGAGGACGAGGACGAGGCCGAGGAAGAGGCAGACGCCGCGCGCGCCGCCGAGGAGGAGCAGGAGGCUCCCGGCAGCAGCGCGUGCGGCGAGGAGGACAGCGAGGAGGACGAGGACGAGGGCGAGGAGAGCGAGGAGGAGGAGGAGGAGGCCGAAGGGCCAGGGUCGGAAGUGUGGGCAGCCCGGCAGUGCGACGAGGAGUCGGCACCGCGGGGCGACGCCACGCGGCGGCUCGCUAUCAUGGGUUGCGACUGGGACAAGACGAACGCCUCGGACCUGCUGGUCAUGCUGCGCACGUACCUCGGCGGGGGGGAGUCGAGGAAGACUGGCGGCGCUCUUCGCUCGGGCGCGGUCGAGCGGGUGGCCGUGUAUCCCUCCGACUGGGGUUUAGAGCAGAUGGCCAAGGAGGCGCAGCUGGGCCCUCAGGGCCUGGGCUCCUCGUCCAGCAAGCCUGGCCGGCCGACGACGGACGAGGAGGACGAGAGGCAGCAGACCGAGGCGCUUCGGCGGUACCAGCUGCAGCGCACCAUGUACCACUGGGCGCUGGCCGAGUGCGACUCCGCCGCCACCGCGGGCUGGCUCUAUGACCAGCUCGACGGGCUGGAGGCGGAGGGCCUCUCCACCAGGCCGCUCGACCUCAGGUUCGUGCCCGAGGACCUGACGCCUCCGCACGCGCCCACCUCUGAGGCCACCGAGAUGCCGAAGAGAUAUAAGCCCCCAGAGCAGACGCAGAGCGCCCUGGGGCAUUCCAAAGUGCGGUGCACCUGGGACGAGGGCCCGGCCCAGCGGAAGAAGGACCUCAUGCGGAAGAAGUUUUCUGCCAAAGAUAUGGCGGAUAUGGACCUCCAGACAUAUUUGGCGGCCUCCUCGGACGAAGGGGGGGACGACGAGGGCGCCGAGACCCUCAGGAAGCUCGUCGCGGACGCGGGCUCUGGAUCCGAAGCUGCAGACGCAGCGGGUGGCGAGUCCGACUCGGACAGCAGCAGCCGAGAAGAGCAGAUGGGCGACAUGGAGGCGACCUUCAGCGUGAAGGCUGCGCAGCUGGAGGAGGAGCUCGUCGAACGCGUGAAGAGUCAGGGGGACAAGGCCCACACCCUGGAGGCGAAGGAGAAGAGCACGUGGGAAAAGUACCUCGACAAGCGAAAGGAGAAGCGCCGAGAGACGCGGAGGAAGGCCAAGGAGGAGCGCAGUGCCAGCAAGCUGGGCGAGACGGAGGCCGCCCAGGAAGCGCGCCGCGCGGCGCCAGCCGGCAAGGGCAGCGCCGCUAGCGAGGAGGCAGAUCAGGGAGACCUCGAGCUCCUCGCGAUGGAUGAGACGAGUAGCAAAGGUUUCAACCUGCGCAUGCCGCAGCGGAGGGCCCACCGCGGCUCCGCGAAGCAGGACGGGGCCGACGGGGGCUUCAAGGUGGACGUGGACGACCCCCGCAUCGCGAAGAUCUUCUCGAGCGCGGACUUCGAGAUCGACCCCACGAAGCCGGAGUUCCGGAACUCCGAGGGCAUGCGCGAGGUCCUGAAGAAGAAGAGGCAGCGCAGGCCCAAGCGGCAGGCGCAGGCCGCGGACGUCCAGCACCCGGCCCCUGCGGCCGCGCCCGCCGCCGCGGUGGCGCCCCAGGCGCCCGCCGCCGCGGGCGCGCCCGCCAAGGCGGGCAGUGGCGGCCUGCAGCUGUUCGCGUCGAAGGCGUCCACACCGUGUCCGCCAGAUGCCGCUGCGGCUGCGGCCGAGGGGACGGUGAAGAGGUGGGACUGCAGCGGCGCCCCCGUGGAGAGCCACCACGUGGAGGUGGAGCUGCUGGGGCCCGAGCGCGCCCUCUACGUGCUGCAGCGGAGCCGCCUCGCGUGCCUGGGCGCAGGCGGCGCUGGCGCCCCGCCGCCGCCCCUCGACCUCCGCCACGCCGCGCGGCCGGGGCGCCGGGGCGCGGAGCGCCGGGCCGCCGAGCGGCGGCUGCUGCACCUGUGCAGCCAUUUCGACCCCGACGGGGAGGAACCGGCGGGCGCCGCGGAGGCCCUAGAGGGCCAGCUGGACAGGCUGCGCGCGGAGCUGGCGGAGGCAAGCGCGCAGGCGAGCGACUGCGACGCCUCGCGGGCGGAUCUCCUCGAGCGCCGCGGGGCGCACGACGCGCUGCGGGUGGCGCUGCCCGCCAGCGCCCAGGAGGCGGAAGGGCUUGCGCCCGCGGACGGGGCGGGGUGUGCGCUGGAGGGCGGGGCGAGCCAGCACGACUCUGAUGCGUUCGCGUCGCUCGCGCGGAAUGGCGUCGCGGGCGUGUCGGGGCUCGACCCUGAUCUCGCAGCGUUCUCGACCCUGUUCGAGGGGGCCCAGCGCGACAGGGAGUUGCUCUCGACGGAGGAGAACGCCCACCUGGAUUCCGAGAUCAGACGCAUGCUGAUUCUGCUUUCUCCGCACAUGCAGACGCGAGCCGCUCAGGAGUGCCUGGAAGGUCUGCUUCAAAGGUACCAGGUGCACCGCUGGAAUGUGGACGAUGUCCUCGCGAGCACCCUGCCUUACCACGACUCGCCUUUAUUUAGUCGCCUUCUGCAGGGCUUGCACGUGGAGGGCAAGCCUAGAUGGUCAUGGCUGCAGACCCUGAAGCAGAAUCGUGCAACACUCGUGCGCGCGGCGCUAGCCAAGUACUGCGCCAAGGAUCUUUCGGUGCUUUCUUUCAUCGGCGAAGUCGUCCAGGAAACUCUGAGACUGCACAAGGUGAACCGUGCGCUCACGACGUUCUUUGUGUCCGUGUGGCUCGCCACGCUGGCGUCCGUGACCACAGUGAACAAUACCUUGGUGGAUGCAGCCCUUCCAGCUGUGAUGGCGAUGCUGCGCAAGCCUCAUCUGCGCGAUAGCUUCCAUGCUGGCCUCGCGGUGGCAGGCGCCCUCUGCGUGAAGGCCGAACUAAGCCCAGAGGUGCGCACCUACUUGAUGGAGAGGGCGAUGAGGCUCGGCAGCGCGGGCGAGCCGCAGAAGCCUGCGGUCGCUUUGCUGGCCUUGAUGCUGCAGGCCCAGGUGGUCGACGAUAUCCCCCAGAAGGUCCUCGGCGCGCUCGCCCAGCUGGGGCCGAGCGGCUUCGCCUCCGUGCUGCCGCCGGGGAUGGACUGCGGGAACCUGCUCGGCGGCGUGGUGGAGGCCUGCCUGCUCCGGGCCGCGGCGCUGCCUGCCGAGGACCCGCAGGGCGCGCAGCUGGAGGCCUUCUGCGGCGGCCUGCUGGCCAACCCCGCGCUGGUGGACCGGUACGCCCCCGCGCUCUGCGCCGCGGCCCUGCAAGCCUUCGCCAAGGCCCGCGCCCGGGGCGCCGGCGACGCCGCGGCGUGCGCCAGGGCGGAGGCCCUGCUGCAGCGCCCCGUCGCCUCGCUCGGGGAGCGCCAGCCCGUGGCGCUUAGCGCAGCCUUCCGCCGCGGCGUCGGCGCCGCCCUGGAGCGGGGGGCGGACCCGGAGCCGCUUGUGCGGCUCCUCUCGCCCGUCGUGCCAGCGGUGGACAGCCCCGGCGACGGCCUGGUGCCGGUGGUGCAGGGCUUCGAGCACACAUCCGCCCGCGUGCGGUGCCAGGCCGUGCAGGCCGCAGCCGCCGGCCUCGAGGGCUCCAGCGGCGACGCGCCGCGCGACAGGCUGCUGGCCAGCCUGCUGCUUGACGCCGUGCAGGACCGGAGCGCGGAGGUCGUGCAGGCGGCGCUCGGCCUCAAGGGCUUCUGGUCCUCCUCGCCCCUGGCGGCGGCGGCGAAGACUGUGCCGGCACUCCUGGCGCGCCUCUGCAAGCUCAUGGCGGUUGGCCCUGUCAAGGGCACCAGCGUCCAGGAGAUGUUCGCGAACAUGUUCCCGGCCGAGGCAAAGGUCACGAUCCUGACCCCGCAUCUCAUCCGCGCCGUGGCGAGGGUCUACGUGCGAACGGACUGCAGCCCAGACAUCCGUCAGGGAGCUGAUGCCAUCAUGCUGCCGAUCGUGAUCCUCUGCCUGGCGUGCAAGGACCAGGGCGACGCGGCGCAGUCGCUGCUGCCCGCCGCCCUCGGGUACGCCAAAGCGUCGGGCCAUGCGCUGCUCGGCGCGCUGAGGGAUGCCGCGGCGGCGAAGGCGGGCAGCCUCCUGGAGGCCGCCGCCCGGGCGGCCGGGCCCGCCGCGCUGGAGGACCUCUGCUGCCUGGUGGAGGCGAGGCUGCCGCCCCUGCCCGACGGGCCCGUGGCCGCCCCGCUCGCGGAGGCCGCAGGGCCUGCCCCUGCGGGCGGCGCGGCCGCGCAGGGCGCCGCCGCGGCGGCGCUGGCGGCGGCCCUGCCGGGCGCGCUGGAGGGCCUGGCGCCGGAGAAGGCCGAGAGGGCGCUGGCAAGGGGAGCCGCGGCCUGCCGGCAGCUGGCGGCGCACCAGCGCCUGGCCUCCGAGGGCGAGCAGUGCUCGGAGCCGCUCCGCGGCCUCGUGCGGGCGCUGCUGGCCGGGGCUGCCGCGCUGCCGAGGCCGAAGCGCACGGGUGGCGUCUCGAGGGGGGGCGGCGCCAGCGUCGUGGUGCGGACCUUGCUGGGCGCGGUGCUCGACAGGCCCCGCAGCCUGGCCGCGGAGCUCGGGAGCAUUCUGCACGGGGCCAACGCGGCGGUCGCGCGCCCCGAGCUCCUGCGGCUGGCGCUGGGGCCAGAAGCGCCCAGGACUUCUGCUGUGGACGGCACGGGCGGAGAUGCGGGAGCGGCCAACGCCUUGAUGCUCUUGCGGAGCUUGCUCGUGUCCGCCAAGGCCUCCGAUUGGCCAGCGGAUCAAGGCCUCGCCGUGGCCCUCGUGGCCAAGGCAGCGGGCGCUGCGUCGCCUGAGGUGCGGGCUGCAGCCUUCGCUGCGCUCGAGGCGCUCGCGGGCGCGGAGUGGGCAGGGACGGCGGGCACCUCCUGGUGGCGAACCCCCCUCGCCGCGGCCCUUCGGGACGCGGGCGUCCUGCGCCCCUCGGAGGCAGUGCUGAACCAGGCGGCGUGGGCCACGGCAGGGCCGGAGCUCGACGCGGCAGGGGCGGCUGGGGGCACGAUGAGCGCGCUUCUCAAGCACAUGGUCGCCCACAAGGGGGAGGUGCUGCAGGACUCCUCCGCGGUGUGCCUCGCGCUGUCCAAGUAUCUAUCCAAGAAGGGUGGCGCGGGUAAGCAGGAGCGCCAUGGGGCAUGCGCCUUUUGGGGCGUGGGCCUCGCGAUGCUGGCGCACACGGGGCACGGCGAGAGGUCCCUCCUGGAGGCAGUGCCGGCCGCGGGCCUGCUUGCGGGCCUCGGGGGUGCGCUGCAGAAGUGCGCGGAGGAGGUCGCCAAAGCUCCGCAGAGUGCAGAGGUGCCCGAGAUCCUCUUCGUGGCGUCGUCGGCGGUGCAGCGGCUCGCACCGCAGGGCGAAAGCCGGAAGAAGUCGAGUGCAGCAGCCGGCGAGGCCGCUGCUCGCACGUUGACGCAGGUGAUGCUCCCUGUGCUGUCUGCCGCGGCCGACUCUCUCGAGGGCAGUGGCGGCGCAGUCUCCCUGCGAGUCGCCGAGCUGUGCGGUGCUAUGUGCCAGAGCCUCGCGGCAGUGUCGGCAGCCGGCAUCGAGCCGGAGGCGGCCGCGACGGGCAUGGCGGUGGUUUUCAGGCUGUGCGCUGCGGCGAGCUCUGCGCAGGGGCCCGCAGCAGAGCAGGAGGCCGCCGCGGCGACCUCGAGCACUCCACAGGUCGCCGCCUCGUCACGCGCCGCGCUCGCAGAGGCCGACAUCGGUGCCGGAUUUCUGCACCAGAUCUGCGCGGGCUCGGCAGCGUUCAAGGGCAAGCAGCUGGUGGGGCGCCGGGGCCGCGCGGCGGCCGAGCUGCUGUCGAGGCAGGUCGUCACCCUCGGCAGCCCUGGCCCCGACGCGCGGGAGCUGCUGGAAGAUCUCGCGCGCCUGACGCGUGAGGCCGCAGGCCUCCAGGCGAAGCUCACCGCAAGGGCUGUGGCCGACGAGGGAGGGGACACGCUGUCCAGCAUGUUGUCUGCCCUGGCGGCCCUCAGCGAGAACCUCUGCGGCAAGGAGGGCAGCCUUGCCAUCGACGGCGCAGCGGUCGUGGAGGUGGCGUGCGGCGCAGUCUCGGACGUUUGCAAGACCCUGGGGGCUGCCCUUACUCCUCGGAUGCUCUCCACGAUCAUCCGCACCUGCGGCGCACUGUCGCUGCUGGCGCCACUGGCGCCUGGUGCACAAGAGCCCUCGGCGCCGCUGCGCGCCUGCGCCACGGCACUGGCGGCCUUUGCGGGGCCACUAGGUGCGGACUCCCUCGCAGUGCUGAGGGCCAGCCUCCGGCGGCUCUGGGUGCCCGAGACAGACGGUGCCGGCACGCUGGACGGCCCCGCGCAGAGCGGCCUCAGGCUGCUGCUGUGCGCAGCCUUCUCGGGCCGGCCCGGCCUCACCGCGGAGACCGACAGGCCGCUGCUGCUGUCUCUUUCGCAGGCAGCGGGCCUCGGGGCGUCCUUGGACUGCGCGCUGCUCCUGCUGAUCGCGCGGCGGGCCCACGCCCCCGCGCACACAGCGGGCACCGCGAAGAAGAGGGCCGGCUCGCGGAAGCGUCGCGCAGCCGCAGCGGAGGAGCUGGCGGUCGAGGAGGCGAUCUUAGGGGGCGAGGUCCAGCUGGGGGGCGCCGACGCCGCGGCGGACGAGGCCCUGGAGAUGCUCAUGUCCGUCGGCGCAAGGGCCAGGUACCAGUGCGUGGGCACCCUGGCGCAGACGCUGUGCGCGCUGGUCGCGGAGGCUGCAGGCCAGGCCGGGCCCAAGGGGGCGCUGGCCUGGGGCCAGGGCCUCUUGCCCGCCGAGCUGCUGCGGGCGGCGGGCGCGGAGCAGGCGCCCUGGACCCUGGAGGUGGGCCUCUCCGUGCUCGUCCGCUUCGUGUCGCGGCACGGGCUGCCCGACAGCAUGGACGCCGAGGCGCCCGUCGACGUCUCAGCCAUGAGAGUGACAGCGUUCCGAGAGGACGCAGAGGCGGAGUCCGCCUCCGCCGCCGCGGCCCUCAGCUACGUGGCGUGGUGCGCGUGCACGAUGGAGGUGCUCCUUGGCGCCGCGGAGGGCGGCGCCCUCGCUGCCUGCAGGCCUCACGCCCGUGAGCUCCUGGCGCUGCUGCUGCGGUCGCUGGCCGUGAACCACCCGCUCACCUUCUUCCGCGCGGUGUGCCUCACGCUGCAGGUCCCUGGCUUCUCACCGCCGGUGGCGAAGGGCGACGUGCUGGCCGACAGCGAGGUCACGCUUGCCACCUCUUCGCUGAUCAUGACUGCCGCUGGGUCGGCACUGAAGGACCGAAAGGAGCUCCGCAGCAGAGUUGGCGCGGAGCGCGCGGACGACGAUGACGACGAGGUGGACGAGGAGUUCCAAGCGGCGCACAACAGUUUGUGCGUGGCUGCCGCCCAGCAUGUGGCGGGGCGGUUCCUGGGCGCGGGUGGUGUCAAGGUGCGCAAGGGUGUUCGAGCCGACCUCGAGAGGGUCGCCUGGCAGUUCCUUGACAGCCUGUGCCGGCUCUCUGGCAAGCGUGCCGGGCAGCCGGUGGUGGAGAUGUGCCUGCCCACGGCCGCAGAGCACCUCGCCGCCUUCGCCGCCGGCGGGGCGGUGGGCGAGCCGGAGGAGCAGGUGGCAGUGGCCGUCUGCGCCUACGUGGGCACGGCCGUGGAGCAGGUCGGGAGGGGCAUCCUGCCCAACAUCGGCGCCGUGGUCCCCGCCCUGCUGGACGUGGUCGGCAGGCUGCUGACUUCGCGGGGCGAGGGCGCAGAGGGCGACGCCGCGGCGACGGAGCAGGGAGCCAUGGGCGCCCUGCGCGCGCUGGUGCUCUCCGUGGGGCCCUUCCUCUCCCCCUUCCUGCCCCGCCUCCUGGGCCUCUUCGCCGAGCUCCGGGCCGCCCCGAGCAGGGCCCCGCUGCUGGACGGGCUGGGGCGGGAGCUGGUCGCCUCCGUGCCCUACCGCCUCCUCAUGCCCGCGCUCUCCGCCGCGGCCGCCGCCGCGGCCGACGGCGCCCGCGCCGCGGGGGCGGCGGCGGGCGGCGCGCUGGCGGCAGCGCAGCGCGUGGCCGUGCUGCUCUGCUGGCUCUGCGGGGCCUCGCCGCCGGACGUCCUGGCGCCCGACGCGGACGCCGCCAGCGAGACGCUGCUGCGCCUCCUCGGUGCCGGGCCGGCCACCGCGCGCGCGGCGCUGGGCGCCGUCGCGGAGCCAAGCGCCGCGGCCGAGGCUUGUCGCGGGAGGAUGCUGCGACGCUCCGUUGCGGCCCGCGGCGGCGGCGGGGGCAUCGCCGACAAGAUGUUCCCAGGCUAUAAGGACAAGAUCUGGGCCGCGCUGCCCAAGGGCGUCCAGGAGUUCAAGGUGAAGUCGGAGAACGACGGCUUCGAGAAGGCGAUCGCCCAGCACAAAUCGUGGCAGGCCACCCUGCUGCAGUACAAGGCCAAGGAGCAGGGGCUGGCGCCCUCGGCCAAGUACCGCAAGCCCGCCGUGGAUUGGCGCAGGCAGAUGGAGCGCGGCACCAUGCACUACGGCCGCUGGUACGAAGGCCCCGGUGGCUCCGACUACCGCCCGGGCAACACGGUCGACCGCUUGGAGAACGUGAAGGCGCCUUUCACCGACGCGGAGUGGGAGGAGCGGAAGCAGCACCGCUCCUUCGACAUCUCGGGGGUGGGCCUCAUCUGGCGCAUUUGCAAACGCAUUUCGUGGACAGCCGGCGGACAGAGAUGGGACGACUUCGUGGACAUGGAUCCGUUCCAAGCGCCUGCGGCGCGUCCGGCUGCGGCCGAGUCUGGGGCAGCGCCGGCGGCGGCCCCGGCGACCAGGGACAAGGUCGUCAAGUUGUCCGCUGUCCUCGACCAGGGCGACGAUGGCGAGGUGCGGGUCGCCGAUGCGUCUACGCACGCCCAGUGGCACGCCAACUACCAGCAGCAGGUCCUCGCCGCUCCGGCGGAGGACGCGGAGCCUUCGGUGGAGCAGCUCACGGCCUUGGACCACAGGGUGAACGGCCGCGGCUGCUCGCCGUAUGCUGACUUCGCGCUGUGGGGGCCGUUCGCCCGCAAGGGCGUGCGGGCCGCGAAGUUCCGCGCCUGGUACCCGACCGGCGACGGCACCUUCACGGCCAAGGAGCUCCCCGGCCCGGGGAACCUGCAGCACUGGGAAGCGGCAUGGAAGGUGUUCGCCACUGCUUGCAUCAUGCUCAUGGCUGUGGCCCGUUCUGCGCUCGAGCACUACGCGGAGAAGAUCCGCAAGCUCGUGCACCUAUGGCCGGAAUGUUGGCAUCUCAUUGCCACGGCGGACGACCAGAUGCGCGCAGAGCACAUGGUCCGCCUGAAGCGCCGCUACGAGGCCAAACUGGCGGCCGGCGAGACGCCCGCUCCAGACUGGAACAGCGCAGCGCCCUGGUCCACUGUGUACCGCCUCGCGGCCGACGACGAGGCAUUCUGGGAUGCUCACGUGCGGCACCCGGCGGCUGCGUGGGUGGCGCGCGGCGGUCGCGGCGUGCUGCUCGCGCCUGAGGAGGCGGUGGCCUUGGCCCACCUGCCCGGUGGCCUCGCGGCCAUCACGCCACCGACAGAGCAGCGCCCCCCCGCGACGGGCAAGCGGCGCAAGACCGGCCCGCAGCAGCAGCAGCAGCAGCGCCCCCAGCAGGCGUCGGGAAACGGGGGCCCCCCGUCGACUGCCCACGGCAGCUCGGCGGGGGGGCCGCGCAAGCAGACGAACGACUCGCAGAAGGCCCAGGGGCCCGAGGUGUGCAAGAACUGGAACCAGGGCAACCCGGCGAACGAGUGCGGCAAGCUGGGCGCGCCCUCGACUUGCCCGAAGGGCCGGUUGCACAAGUGCGCCAAGUGCGGCGAUGCCUCGCACAAGGCCCCCGACAGCGCCCUGAUCCGUGUGGGCCAGUGGGGCAACGCCUUGGUCAGGCGCCCCACCAGCGCCGGCGCGGCAGCCGGGCAGCCGGCCGCGCAGCCAGCCCUCGCGGAGGUCGCGCGCCCCGCACCGACGGCCGCGGCCCCGGCCUCCCGGCAGGAGCGCCGAGAGCAGGAGAACCAUCUCUGCGUUGGUGGCCUGCGCUCAACGGCGGCCUCCGUGGCGCGCCUGCCGCGCCUCUGCGCCCUCGGCAAGGAGGUGGCCGCCCUGUACGACGACUGGGUUUCGGAAUACCCGGAGGCGGCCGCAGUGGUGCAGCGCUUCGGUGACAAGAGUUACACCGGCCCAGGCAGUGACCUCGUCGAAGUCUGGAGAUCCCGGCUGCGCGAGCAUCUCGGCGCCCCGCCAGAGGGCCAGACGGCUCACGAGUGGGGGCGGCCCUCGCCGCUGCAAGCGGAGCUGCUGCACGCGUGGCUGCAGGCCGGCGGGGACCCCGAGAUCUGCCUCCGGGAUUGGUGCCAGGUGGGCGCGCCGCUGGGCGUGGAGGUGCCCAUCCCCACCUGCGGCAUAUUCCCCGCCGUGCCCGCGGCGGACGGCGCUGGCACCGCCGGUAGAUUGGAUUUAGCCCUGGCGCAAGGCGUGUUCAAUUACCAGUCGAUCUCCGACGACCCCGAGGGCUCGGCGGCGGAGGUGCACCGCUAUCUGGAACAGGACUUCGCAGUGUCGCUUCCUGGGCCCGUUGCCCAGCAGAGGUUUCCCGGUGGCUCCAUAUCCCGAAUGGCGCUCAUCACCAAGAAGAAACCAGACGGGGGCGUCGAGCGGCGCAUCAUUGUUGACCUCAAGCGGAGCAGGCCGACGCCGGUCAACAGCCGCGCCCGGGUCCCAGAACGACCGGUGCUCCCGCGGAUGCGCGACCUCAUCCGGGACACCCUGGCGCUGGUCCACGGCGCGGCGCCCCCUGGCAGUGCCGACCCGGCGGUGGAUUUAGAAUUCGCCAUCGCCGAUUUUUCGGACGCCUACAUGCAUCUGCGGACGCACCCAGAUGAGCUGCGCCACUGCUUGUCGCCGGAUGUGGUGCCGGGCCGCCUGCUGCUGUGGAUCACGCUCUGCUUCGGCCUCUCUGGCGCCCCGCUCAUCUGGUGCCGCGUCGCGGCCGCGCUGGCGAGGCUCGUGCAAUCUUGCGUGGACCACCGCCAAGCCAGAAUGCAGCUGUACCUGGACGACCCCAUGUGGGCACUUUGGGGCACGAAAGCGCAGCGCGACAGGCAGCUCGGCCUCGCACUGUGGGUGCUCAUCGGCAUGGGUGUCCGCAUCGCAUGGCACAAGGCAGUCCGGGGGAGCGCAGUCGUGUGGAUCGGGGCCUCCAUAGUGGCAGACGUCGCCGCCCGGGAGAUCACCGUGUCCAUCCCGGCCAGCAUGGUCGCGGAGCUUCUGGCCUCCCUCGAGCUCCUGGCCUCUGGGGCAAUGGUCAGCCUCAGGGAGCUCAAGCGGUGCACAGGUAAACACUCCUGGGUUGCAGGCCUGCUCCCCCGCAUCCGCUGGGCCGUGUCCAUCAUGUACGCGGUCGCUGCCUCCGCAGAGGGGGACAUCCGCUCCGGCGCCGAGGAGCGCAGACGUCUUCGCAGAGAGGACCCGCGCCCCAAGCACGGUCUGGUGGCGGCCAAGCGGAUCGCCUUGCCUGUCCGGUGGCUCACGGCGCUCUGGUGCGACAUGCAAGGGCCAGUGACCCGGCGCAUAUCUUGGGCGCGCUCCCCGCCAGCCACCGUCGUCAUAGUGGACGCUUCCCCCUGGGGCUUGGGGCUGGUCUUGGCCCACCUCGCAUCCGGCAGGGUCUUGGAGUACGCCCACAGCGACGUGCUGGAUGACGACGAGAGGCUCCUUCUUGUCCACCGGGGCUCAUCCAGCUCGCAGCAGGCCUUGGAGGCGCUCGCUCUCCUCGUCGCCCUGAAACUGUGGGGUCGCUUCAUGCGGGCUUCCUCGACCACAGUGGACCUGCGCGGCGACAACUCCGCUGCCCUUGCCCUCGCAGGGAAGCUGUCCAGCUCAUCCCCUGUGAUGAAUUUUAUCGGGGCCGAACUGGCGCUCGAAUUGGAGAGCCUGGACGUCCGGGAUGUACAGCCCACGCACAUUCCAGGUCAUUGGAACGUCGCGGCCGAUUGGGUGUCCAGGCGUUCUGCUCCCCGGAGCGCCGCAACAGUGCCCGCGGAACUGGUCGGCGCGAAGGCGCAUGGGGCUCCGGGCUCAGACACUGCGUCGGAGCCGAAUGGCACGCCGAGUGCCAUGCUUACGUCUUUGUUUGAACUCUCGGCGAGGCGCACGCUUGCCUUGAUCAAAGGCCCGCCCAAACGCCCUCGGUACGCCUCACGCUCGGGCACGCCGCCCGCGCCGAUUCCGGCACGGUGGAGCAAUGUGCGGGCGGGCGUGCCAGCCACGAGUGUGGUCACCCACGCUCCUGUGAUCCCAUGUCUGGCUCCGGGCGCGUCCGCGAGCGGCUCACUGCCGAGAUUCGUGCCGCUGGCGCAGCCGCGCGGGAGAUCACCACACUGCAUCCUUUCCCAAGGAGCCGGUCAGUUGGUGCAGCACCCCAGCCAGGAGGGCAACGUUGACAUUGGAGCUAGUGGCGUCGAUCUUCAAAAACGUGACUUCCCUAGGCCUCCACUUCCAGAUGCUGGUCACACCAGGGGCUCCAUCAACGCAGCUUUGUCCAUAGCGGGCGACCCGGUGCGCCUCGCGAGUGCUCUGGGUGCCCUCAGACAAGAUUUCUAUGCGAAUUCUUCCCGCGAGGCAGUCUCCCGCAAGCGGGCUGACGUGUGCAGAUUGGCCGAGCAGGCGGCGUCGUCCAUUCCGGACGUAUCUGCGCCUUUCCCUCUGGAGGUCGCCGUCGUGCAUGCGGUUGCUGCGGCUCUCAAGGGUGCUCGGUUCAAGUCUGCGGAACAAUACCUCAACGAGCUGCGGCUCGAGCACAUCGAACGCGGCGCACCUGCAUCGCAGCAGCUCGCUCGGGCAUUCGACCAGUGCAAGCGGUCAGUCCGACGAGGCAUUGGCCCGAAGUCCAAGGCCGCUGAGUUGCGGGAAGACGGGCUUCGGCCGACUGAUGUCUUGGAGUCGUUGCAAGGCAUUUCUGGUCAUGACUUGGCCUCGCCGUGGCGCGCCUGGGUGGUAGCCACGCGCUUCCUGCUCAGGGAGAUCGAACUGGCGGCAGCAAGGCUUGCGCACGUCGACUUUCCCUCGGCCGGGAGCGUGCGAAUGCGCCUUCCCGUGUCGAAGACCGACACCUGGGGGGCUGGCGCGGCUGUCACACUGAAAUGCACUUGUUUGCUGGGCCCCUUCGACAAGGUUUCGUGCCCCGUGCACAUUUUGGUGGAGCACCUUGAGGCGCGACGUCGCGUCACUGGCACUCGCGCCCAGGACGCGCGCGAGCUGGAAGAGCCGUUUUUCCCAGACGUCGCCGGCGGCACGGUGUCCAAGGCCGCCGUCAUCCAGGGUUGGCAACGCCUCGCGGUCGACGGGCACCCUGUGCUAGGAGGCCAUUCUGCGAGACGGUCUGGCGCCAAACGUUACGCGCGAUCCCUAUGGCCGCUCUCAAGCAUCCAGACGGUCGGACGCUGGGCUUCCUGCACGGUGUUGGAAUACGUUGAAGAGGCGCUGACUGAUUUGCCGCUCGACGGCCAGGGCCGCACCGCGAGCUCCUCUUCAGAGCCGCCCCCAGAGGCACAGCUCGAGCCACUUGCACGGCGCGUCGCCAACCUGGAGGCCUCGAUGCAAUCGCAUGCAGAGGCACGGGGUCGACCGACCUCGCGGCUGCCGGAGGUCAAGAUCUCCGCGCCUCCGGCAGGUUGGUCCCGAUGGGUCCGGUCAGAGUCCUCCGGCACCAUCCACGCCGUCGCGAGCCCGCCGGACACGCCGUUGCCGUCGUGGCGCACCUGCUGCGGCUGGCGUUUCGGCUCGCCCGCGAGCCUUUCGACCUUCCUCAGCGAAGCGCCCGCGCCCGACGGAGCCAACCUCUGUCGAAAGUGCCCGUCGCCCUAUCAAUUUGCUCUCUCACUCGCCGCGGCUUCGCCAGGUGGUGGAGAUUGCGUCGCCUGA